CCAUGCAUGCAGCAUCGCAAACUUGUUAUUUCCUCAGAUCACCGUACCACAAGCAUUGAUUUCCAUUCUCCAUACAAUCCUUGCAGACUUAUCCUGGAGAUUUUAUUUACCCUCCCAGCUCCCCCCUGGCCUCCCUUCUCUCUUCUCUCUCCAUUUUUUUUGCCCUUUUAGAUCUUGUCAUUUUAAGUACUAGCUACUUGAUGAAAUUCUUCUAGGACUUUCAAGGUGAUCUAUAGUACUCCAUCUUCUGGGUAACUAUUUGAUCUCUCUCUCUCUCUCUCUCUCUCUCUCUCUCUCUCUCUGUGUUCAUGCGUGCGCCCUCGAGUGAUUUCGGGAGUAAUGGAUAAACGUCCGCGGAAACAAGCCAAGAUCAGUACCAAGAGCUCCACGUCAGAAGAAGUGAGCAGUAUUGAGUGGGAGUUCAUAAAGAUGACUGAACAAGAAGAGGAUCUCAUCUUCCGGAUGUACAAACUUGUUGGGGACAGGUGGGAUUUAAUAGCAGGUCGGAUUCCAGGGCGAAAACCAGAAGAAAUAGAGAGGUUUUGGAUUAUGAGACAUGGUGAGGUAUUUGCCCAGAAAAGAGUCGACGCAGCCAAUUAUGAUUUGUGAACAUGAUCUUGUUCGGCGCUAUCUUAUUAAUAAUAUUAUAAUUAAUUGUUAAUUAAUAUUAGAUCGAUCGAUCGAAUUUCUCUAAUUCUUGUGUUGGAAUAAUUCUUCUUGCAUAUAUAUAAAUUAAGUUUGUUUCAAUA